GGCAGUUAAUCAAUCAAUCAAAAGUUAUUUUUUUACGUAUAUCCUGCAACUUUCUUAUAAGUAUACAAAAUGAGUUACUCUUUAAUAUUUACCCUGUUGGUCAUGUCAGCAUUGGCCCAUUCUGCUUUCCUUGACCAACUUCUCGAUAAAGAAUGGCAAGCCUUUACCAAGGAACAUCGGAAGAACUAUCAGGAUAAAGACGUAGAGCAACUUCGUUACAUGAUCUUCAACGAGAAUAGGAUCAAGAUUGCCGAGCACAAUCGGCGAUUCGCUAAUGGAGAGGUGAGCUUCAAGAUGGCGAUCAACGAGUAUUCCGACUUGAUGAGUCAGGAGUUCAGCGAUCUGAUGACCGGCCUCAGCUUCAGCGAGUACGAGGAGAUGAGCACAUUUGAUGAGGGACUGACCUUCAUUUCGCCGGAGCAUGUCACCCUGCCCGAUUCAGUGGAUUGGCGUUCCGAGGGAGCAGUGACCGGAGUCAAGAAUCAAAAGAGUUGCGGCAGCUGUUGGGCCUUCUCCACCACAGGAUCUCUAGAGGGUCAGCAUUUCCGCAAGACCGGAAACCUGGUCUCUCUCUCGGAGCAGAAUCUUGUAGACUGCUCGGGGGGGUCCUAUGGAAAUCAUGGUUGCAGCGGUGGUACUAUGACCCGGGCCUUCAAGUACAUCAAGGACAAUGGCGGCAUCGACACCGAGGAAUCGUAUCCCUACAAGGCCGUCAAUGACAAGUGUAAAUUCAACAGGGCCACGAUUGGAGCUACAAUCAACGGAUUUGUGGCACUGCCAGCAGGUGACGAAAAGAAAUUGGCUGAGGCCGUGGCCACCAUCGGACCCAUUUCCGUGGCCAUACAUGUCGUUCCCGGAUCCUUCCAACACUACUCCUCGGGCGUUUACAUCGAGCCAAAAUGCAAUCCCAAAAAGAUUAAUCACGCUGUCCUGGCUGUUGGCUACGGCACUGAGGGCGGCAGGGACUUUUGGCUGGUGAAGAACUCCUGGGGAGGCAGCUGGGGCGACAAGGGAUACAUCAAGAUGCUGCGCAAUGGGAACAACCAGUGUGGCAUCUCCUCGAUGGCCUGCUAUCCAACGGUUUAGAAGAUUAGUACAUAUACAUUUAAGCAUAGCUAACACGCUAACAAUAUAAACACUACA